AUCACAUGCAAUAAUAUCUCUUUGACAUACCGGCAUACACAAUCGGGCAUAGACAGGAAUACUUUAUCCAGUGCAUAAUCCUAAAGUGCAUUGAUUAGAAUAAGGGGGAAGGGGAUUAUUUGACUGUUUUCAAUAGACCUAUUUUUGGACCAGUUUCAGUUUGGUGUCUCCACAGCCACAGGGGCUUGUCUUCAAAUAAAGAUACUGUAUUUGAAUCUGGAUAGUUCGUAGAUUCAUUAAGGAUGGCAGAUAAAGAAGUUUCUCCCACAAAGUCAAAAGUGCAUUUAUACUACAAAAACGGGUCUCUGAUGCCAUUCGAAGAGGAUGCCUAUCACGAGUUCAAAGGUCAUAGAGAUAUAAGUGUAGAAGAUUUACCUCCAUGGACACAGGAGCGCAAGACAAGUGCAGACCGGCCAACUAGACGGGCAGUAUCUCGGGCGCUGAAUGGCUUUCUCAAUACGGGUUGUGGUGGGACGUGCUACCUUGGAGUGACAGACAAAGGGGUUGUUCAUGGACUCAAGCUCACAGGAUACCAGAAGGAUCAUGUGGUUGGUAGCCUGGAUGACCUGAUGAGAAGGUACAACCCUCCUGUAAAGCAGCACCGCUACAAAGUCCGUUUUGUACCUGUUGUGGAUCGGGAUGCUACAGAAGCUGAGAUAAUACAGCACUCCCAGGUCAACAGUGAUUUGAGCCUUUCAGAAGAGAGACAGCGUCCUCAUCAGUUCCGGUCUCACAAGUACUGCUGGUGCGACAAAGACUUGAGAGCCCAGUAUAACUGUGGUGUCAUAGCUACUGACUAUGUCAUAGAAAUAUCUAUCAAACCAUGGGAUCAUCUUGAUCCUCGUAACCAUGACGAUGGAUGUGGUUCCUUUGCACGUCUUCACCCAUACCAUGAGGAUGAGGAAGGAACUCUAUACUUUAGACGACAAGCCAGUUUAGCAAAAUACACUAUGACAGAGAUGGCUAUGCUUACCAAACAAGAAGCCAGAGAAAAGUGUGAGGAAACAAUUAAGAGAUUAAGAGAAGAAAUAUCGGCCCUCAAGGCAGUCCAAAAGAAAUCAGAUGCCGGCUGAUACUAAAAAACAGCUAUGUUAUCAGGAUAUGUUCCAAGCCACACAAGCAUUGGCUUUCCAGAGCGAUGUCACAGCUUACAGGCCUGACUGGUGUCUGUCGCGGAAAGGUGAAGUCUGAUUUACAAGGAAAUGCUGGACUCCAAAGUGAAAUGUUUGAUGUACUGCUGUAAGAACAGAAGAUGUGUAAAGAUCUUUAGUUGGUACAUGUACAGCCGAGUAAGGAAUUUGGGGUACUCUGGUGUUUUCCAGUUUUAAUCUUCAGUCACAGUUUCGCAUUGGAGAUCUGUAUUUGAUGUGUAAAAAAAUUCAAAAGUUUGUGGUUCUCUGAAUCAUCGUAAACCACGUCCCACAUAUAAAGUAAAAUAUACUCUUUUACAAACCAUAAUGAGUGUUUUUACACUGCGGAACGACAUUUUUUUUUUUUUUUUUUUGUAAAGUUUGAGUUUUGUGAUGAAUGGUCCUUUGGAAUACCAUUGUGAAUGAACGGAAUAACUCUGGCUUCCGUUCCGUGCGAGAGCAUUCCAGGAAAUUUUAAACAGACUAGGUUCAUGAUGCUACAGAAAGUCCUGAAUGUUUAUUGAAAUAGAAAAUUAGUCAUUUGAAACCUUGAUCUUGAUAUAAACUGCAGUGUUUAUGAUAAAGAACUAUUUUGAAUUAAGUAUUAUACAGGCUCUUAAAGAAAAAUAAUAUAAUGAUAAUGUUAUAAUUAGAUUGACAUUAAAAGCUGAAUCUGCUUUGUCGCAUAUUAAUAUUCUUUUGAUGUAUAUGAAAUUGCUGUAAAAACACGGACGAACCUUAAAGAUGUCUUUCUAUAUAUUCUAGAGAUAAAUAACCUUUAACUGUAAAAAUCACUGUUGGAAAAUGUUUAGUAUCAGGCCUAACUUUUUUUCUUUUUUUUUUUUUCUUUUUUUUUUUAAAUAUAUCAUAAAAUUAAGACAAAAAUUGAAUGUGUCUGCAUUCAUUUUUUGUAAAUACAUGUACCAAAAUUAGUUCAUAUACAACACAAUAAUAUUACAAUUCAAUAUGUCCUACAACAAUGUAUAUGUUACCGCUCGGUAAGCUGAACACUGCAGGACUCGUCUAUUGCAAUCACAUGACUCUAUUUUAAUUCGCCUUUCUCGGUAAAGCAUUGUUUACAAACACCAAAGUUCUGUUACACUUGGAACGUUUAGAUCGAAUGUCUAGCCAACAAAAUUUAAGAAAAAGUGUUGUAAUAUCCAUAUAAUAGUCCAUUUGUAAGCGACGAUUGCAAAUUAUUUGAAAAAUACCUGACUUCUUUGAAGUUACAGUGAAAGGGAAUGGAGGGUGCUAUUUUCCAUGAUGUUCAAUUCAAAACUGAAUAAAAAUAUGUUGUUUUUUUUUUACUGACACUAAUAAAAGUAAUUGUUUAACUGAUUAACAGUAAAAACAAAUGUAAGAAAUGCAUUUUUGAAAUUUAUAUUAAACAAAGAGGGAAAUUUCCAGAAUGUUGCAUUUUGAGGAUUUCCAUUGUAACAAAACAUAUGCACUGUUGAAAAAAGAACAUGAACAUUUGAAAUCAUGAACAAAAACCUCCUAAGAAGUUAUGAUUCUAACAAAUUGUUAUAAAGACUUCAAGAUUAAUUUCGCUGUAUUUUACAUAAUAAUUGCAACAGGACUUUUGGAGGGCAGUGUAUAUAUAACGUUUUGUUAUAGUAUAUUGUUGUGUAUUGCUACAUCUUAAACCCAUUUCACUAUUGAUUAGAGGAAAUUACCGUUUAAUGAGUAUGAAGUCUACAGUUAUGGUCGUUUCCAAUACAUUUCCUUUUCUGUAGUUACAACCAUUUAAUUUUCAUCUACGGUAUAUCUUGCCAGUUUUAUUUGGCUUGUUAGUUUUAAAAUGAUGAAAAUAAAAGAAAAGAUAAUUUCAGUCUACUAGGAGAUGUCUGUUGUGUUUAAAUAUUUAGAGUUUUCAUGGUUGUUGGGUUGAAGUAUUGCCAUUUGAUUCAUUAUACCCCCGCAACGAAGUUAGGGGGGUAUACUGGAAUCAGGUUGUCUGUCCGUCCGUCUGUCUGUAGACGCAUUUUGUCCGGACAACUCCUCCUA